GCCGAGUCUCCUGCGUGCUGAGGGGAGGGAGGGGCAGGGACGCGAGCACGUUAGUGCCGCCGCCGGCCUCCAGGCGGGAUUGAGGAGGAGAAUUCAAGAAGAUUUGAAAAAUGUACAAGUAUGAGCAUUCUUUUAAUCGAAGCAUUCUAUGGUGGUUCACACAAGCAGCUGGCAGAUCUUCUACAGGAAGAGAUAGAAGAAUGUGUCCUUUACACACUCCCUGCAAAGAAAUGGCAUUGGAGAGCACGGACUGCUGCCCUCUAUUUCAUGCAAACUGUGCCAGCUAAUGCUAAUUACAGGAUCCUCUUUGCAAGCUCGGUGCUUAACCUGACUGAACUUAUUGCCCUUCGGCCUGACCUUGGCAAAUUGAAAAAGGUCCUUUACUUCCAUGAGAACCAGUUGGCAUAUCCUGUACAGAAAUGCCAGGAAAGAGAUUUCCAAUAUGGAUACAACCAGAUUCUUUCAUGUUUGGUUGCUGAUAUUGUGGUAUUCAACUCUGCUUUUAAUAUGGAGUCAUUUCUUACAUCUAUUGGAAAAUUUCUGAAGCUGAUUCCUGACCACAGGCCAAAGGAUCUGGAGAAAAUAAUCAGACCAAAGUGCCAAGUUCUUUAUUUUCCAAUCAGGUUUCCUGAUGUGAACAGAUUCAUGCCGGAGCAUAAACUGGCCCAUUUGGAGAAGAUAACCGAUGUUAAAAGAAAUGGAGAUACUUAUCUAUUUAGGAGUCUGCCUUUCCAACAGAAGUAUAGAGCCCCUGGGAGUUUAAUGGAAAACAGCAACUCAGGUCCUGAAUCUGGACUUUAUGAAGCACAAUCUGGACUUUGUACCACACAACAAGACCGACCACAACACCCAUUAAUAUCACUAGAGAAAGUGAAUAAGUCUAAAGCAUCAGAAAGUACAAAUCAAGAAGAACCUUGUCAAGAAGAAGAUAAGCAACAUAUGACUUUUAACCCUUGUAAUCUCCUGAGUGGACCGGACUGUCAGCAAAGACCUUUGCACAUCAUCUGGCCUCACAGGUGGGAACAUGAUAAGGACCCUGAGAGUUUCUUUAAAGUAUUGCUGAAACUUAGAGAGAUGGACCUACCAUUUCAUAUAUCUGUCCUUGGAGAGACCUUCACUGAUGUACCAGAUAUAUUUUCAGAGGCCAAAAAGGCAUUGGAAUCUUCUGUCUUGCACUGGGGCUACUUACCUAGCAAAGAUGACUAUUUCCAAGCUCUGUGCAUGGCUGAUGUUGUCAUCUCAACAGCUAAACAUGAAUUCUUUGGAGUGGCAAUCAAACUACAGACAUGUUGGAUUCUCAUUUUACUAGUUCCUGAUGCGGAUAGAAGUUUUGCUAUGGGAUGUUGCAGUCAGUUGAUCGCUCACAUUGCUUGUUGGCCUGCAGCUAUUGCUUUGAAACCUCCAUGGCUUCACUGGUGGGGGGAGGGGAAUGGGAAAGGAGGAAGAAUGGUAAAAGAAAACUUUAAUAUUCUACUUGUUUUUAUAUCUGACAUAGUACUUAAAAAUAGGGAAAUCAUCUAAUAAAUCACAUACUAGAAACAUUUUCCUUUUAAAAAAGCAUAGUGAUAGACUUUGUACAUAGGGUUUCCAGGUGUCCGGUUUUGAACCGGACAGUCCAGUAUUUGAGCUUUCUGUUCAGGAAACAAAUUGAGAAAAUAUAAAUGUCCGGUAUUUUCUAAAUUAGAUGUAAUCUAAAUUGUGAUGUAAUGUCAAGUGUGCAAUCCUAUAAAUUGUACACUGAAAUUUUUGUUGAAGUUUGUGACAAAAUUAGCAGUUAGUUCUUUGCAAAGUAUUUGAGAGAAUAUGUAUAUCCUGGGCCUUCUAUGGCUAAGGACAGAUUUAAAACAAAACUUUAAACAUCUUUCUACCUUUCUCCUAUCCCCCCCAAAAAGAAAAAAAGAAAAAAGAAAAGAAAAGAAACCUCAACAAACAACUUAGCAGGGCAAAAGGAAACAAUUCUUUCUGAACCGGGUUGGGCAAAUGUAAUAAAAAUGAAAUGCAGAGACAAAAUGCAUGUUUGUCAUGAAUAAAAAAGAUGAUUGUUGAUAAGAAAAUAAGCUGAAGUUAAAAAUAAAGUCCUCCUAUGGUCAACAUGUUGGAUAUACUCAAAGACUUCCAUAAAGUAAACAUAUUUUUAAAAAUGCUCUGAAUUUCACUAUGUAAUUUCUGGCCAACAGAAAUUACAUUUGUACCUUCAAAAUUUAUUGUAUGUCAGAUUAGUGGUCACUAUGCAGAAGGAAUAAGUUAAAAACUCUGUACUUUAACCUGUUCAGUUAUUAAAAUGAAAAUAUAAACAUGAUAUUUUUUUCUUUAGGUUUGCUAUUUGAUAACUUUCUGACGUUCUUUUGCAAUUAUAAAAUGUUUGAGUUUGAUAUUAUAAAAGGUUGUGUAAAUUAUUCCUCCAGACAACAACUGUAUAAACCAUUAAAUGCUUUGGCAAAAGAUUCUUGACAGUAUUUAUUUAAAAAUUCAGAUUUUGUGUCCUGAAUCAUAUGAUCUGAAGCACGUGUAUAAAACUAAGAUGUCUCAAAAACUUCGCAUUUUUCUUAGGUAAUGUUUAAGUUUAACCUUUGAAUUCCUAUAGUUUAAAAACAAAACACUCUAUGCCAGGUAAUUGUUACUGCAUAAAUAUCCUUGUGUUUCUGCAGCAUUAUUAAGAAAAGCUGUCCAUACUUCACCAUGUUGUUACAUGUGUCUGUCUGCUGAUUAUAAAAUGUGUUAAACAGUAUUUAAAAAACAAAAAAAUGCAGAGCUGCGCUUUGAUUUAUUCAGCGAACAAAACAUAUGCUCGCUGUUCUGUUCUAUGUAAUUCAUAUGAUCAAUAAAAUUAUCUUUAAAAAGAGCAACUUUGGCAGUUAGGAGGAUUAUCCUGCUAAACAGGGGGAAAUGAUUUACUUCUGCUUUAUGCAGUCAACUUCAAUGCUGUUGGACCAAAAGAUUGUUUUGGCUCACUGAUGUAUUGUU